CACACUCCACUUGUUCACCCACUCAUCUUCCUCGUGUUCUCAUCUCUUUCCCUUCAAAGAACCCUAAAAAUCAAACCUUUUUUCCCCAGAAAAAGAAUAACAAAAAUGGACUCAUCUGUACGUUCAAGGAGGCGUUGUUUCAUCGAAGAAGAUCAAGGAUUGGCUUCCCUUGCAGUGAUGGAGGCCGGGUACUCGGGCACCCAUUACCAAACCCAUAACCAAAAUGGGUUUUUUCAAAGACCUCUAUUUUACUCGAGGAGAACUAGUUUGAGGAAUCUAUCAUCAUAUUCUUCUUCAUGUUCAUCUCCAAGGCCUGCUAGAUUUGAAGAUUACAAUCAACCCCAUUUCUUGGAUGCUUGUUUCCAUUGCAAGAAGCCUCUUGGGGGUAACAAAGACAUCUUCAUGUACAGAGGGGAUAUGCCUUUUUGCAGUGAAGAGUGUAGACAAGAACAGAUAGACGUUGAUGAAGCUAAGGAGAAAAGAAAGAGCCUUUCAUCUUCAAUGAAAGCUUCGAGGAAGAAGGAUCAAAGGAAAGCUACAACUCCUCCGACAAAAGCUCAGAACUACCCGAUCCGACCAGGCACUGUUGCAGCUGCCUAAAUAAACAUCUCACAAAGGAAAUAAAAAAGAACAGAAAAAACAUAUAUCUACCCUUGUAUAAACUCUUGAAAAAGAAAGGCAAAAGAACAAAGGACAUGGAGAUCCAUGAAGGAAAAGGGCCAAGGAGAGAGACAGGAAGAACAAGAAAGCUUGUUUGGGUUUUUCCCCCCUGGGGUUUUUGAAUCCCAAACAUACAUGAUGCUGAGAUUUAACUGUGAAUGUUAUAUGGUAUGAUAUGAGACUGUGAGGUAGUCUUUUAGAUCUACUCUAUGAUAUUGCUCUCCCUUUUGGGGUGUUUUUGGUGGUUAAUUAGAAUUGAUAUUGUUCAAUCGUCAUCUUCUUGUUAACAAGUGCUAGUGAAUCAAAUUGAAGAAGUUAUGGUUUCUUCGUGGA